AAAUGCUGGCAUACCGUGAUUUCAAAUCAAACACGAAGUUCUACUCGUAUCUCUUCCUUUUUUUGCCCCCUUCCCCGCGUCGUAUUUUGUUGCACUGGUACCUGUGCUUGCAAUUAUUCUUUCGAUGCGUGUUGGCCAUAAUCUCGCUGUUGAUCUAGGAACAAGCGUGUAUAAAAUGAACUGUACCCCUUUAUCAUGUUUUUUGAAAACAAAAACAAAGUGAUUUUGUGUGAUACUGAUAUCGUUGUAUUGAUGGUGUAAUUUGGAAUUUUCGUAUUCAUUUUAUGAUCUUUAUAUUUUGAGUUGUUGCCGUUGUUUAGUAUCGAGUUUGUGCAAAUGUGGGACAAUAAUCCAGCCGAAUUACGUGCACUGGCGGCGAAAUCUUCAUGUAUACAAUUGGUAUACGAAUGGGCCAGCUGUGAAAUAAUAGCGAUCGAUGUUUGGAAAAAGGAAGAAAACUACCGUACAUGCCCGGAUCACGAAUGGUUUAUUUGGCAAAUGAACGAAAUGCAGCUACCCCGCAGCCCAGUGAUGCCGAAUUUGGUUCGCAACCAAAUCGAGUUUUAUUUACCGUCCAUUUUGAAGAAGGUUACUAAAUGGAUCUGUUACUAUCAUGAUCUAAAUUUCUUCCACGAUGAACCGGCAUCUUCGUUGAAAGAAUACCUGCUUAAAUUGAUUUGGAAACCGGAUCGAUCGAUCGACUACGUAGCUACUGCGAAAAACGUCUUGGCAGGUUCGAAUUUUAAUGCCAUGGAGAAGUACAGAUUUGCUUGUACUUAUUGUUUUUCGGAGGAAAUAUGGAAUUUAAGAGAUAUGGCGGAGGUAACGAUAGAUUGGUGUUUCGAAGAAGAGCCUUUGCUGGUUUAUUGGAGUAAAUGCUUGACCGGUCAGUUACAUACGAUAACUUUACCGGCGAACGAUUCAAUCGAGGAGGUCAUGUUUGUCAAAGCUUGGGAAAAAUUCGAUCUUUGGCAGCCCAUGAAGUACUUUUUUGGAAAAUUGGACUCCAGCGCUAGACUAUUGCAGGGUAAGAACGUUAUCUUGCACAAAUGUGAAAAAUAUUUGCACAAAUGUGAAAAAUAUCAAGAAGAAGUACUCACUCUGCUGAACGAAUGUGAAAGAGAUACCGUGUAUCGAGAGAAUUUGGAGAUACUUUUUUCGAAUUACUUUGGAAUGCGGGAUAAUUUCGAAGGUGUGCGACGACUUUACACCACCUUGAAAGGAAAAUUGAGUUUCAAAGAUCUCACUUAUAUUUUAACUGAAGUUAGUAGUUUGGCUGUUAGUAAUUUCAAUGUAAUGGCACCGUUGCUAAUGGAAAUUUGGAACGAUGCCAGCGACGAAUAUAAACAACAGGUUAUCUCAACUGGCUUGCGAUCACUUAUCGCUAAAGAAUUUGAAGUUGUGAUCGAUGAUGGGCGGUACGAUGAUCUCAGCCAUAGAGACCGAUUACGCGAUCCUUUGGGGUUUUUUCGUGCCUUGGCUGAAGCGUACGAACCGCUAGAUUUCCUAAAAUCGAAUUUUUUUUGGCUGGUAAUCUGGCAACCGGUUGCUUCUAUAGUCGAAUUAUUCGAUGAAUUUCAAUUCAAUGCCGAAGAUGUCGAGGAAUUGAAAAGGUAUUGUCGAAAAAAUCCAGAUAAAAUGAGAGAAGUUUGUUUGGUUUUUUUGGAGUAUGGCCAUUUUGAUGAAUUUAGCAGUUUUAUAUCGUUUUGCUACUCGGAUGAUAACGCGAGCAGAAUCGCGUAUCAGAGAAGAUUAUUAAUGGAUUUGGACCGUUUUAGUCAUACAUUGAUGCGCAUCGAUUGGCGAAUAGUUUACAAAUUCGUCAAUGACGUGUUUUGUGACACCUGCGACGGAUUCGCGUCUUACUACACUACCCGAAUGAUACUACACGUUUUAGAGAAUUCAAAAUUGUACGAUCUGACGAAAAUAGACAACAUCGUGGAAUGUAUUCACACUUUUGUGCCACACCAUACCAAUUUAUCUCGGGUAAAGGAGACCUGCAUUGACUCGCUUUUCAAUUACCGUCGAUAUCCCAUUUUCAAAUGGACUCAGUUUGAAAAAAUAUUGAUUUGGUGCUACGGAACUGAAACCGGUGUUGCUGAAUUUAAAGAGAAAAUCAACGUUUCAGAAAUUUUCCUCACUCUGUUAAGAAGCUGCGUUAACCUAGACAGAUACGAGUACACUUUCGAAGCGAGUGAUUCUAUGGAGGAAUUUUUGCAUUGGUAUUACCCCCUGGAAAGUGAAAGGAAAGCUUUCAAAUUGGAAAUGAUUUACUCGUACGGUGAAUUUAGCCUGAUUGGGGAAUUGCUAAAACAGAAAGAGUAUCGUCGAAUUCGUCGAUGUAUGUUGAAUUGGUUUUUUGAAAACAACGCCCAUGAAAUAAAGGAAUUUAUUACUAAAAUAUACGUGUAAGUUUGUCAAAAUAGUAGUCGAUGGAUGAAUGAUUAAAUUUGUUAGUAAUUAUGAUGCGUAUAUAGUUUACUUUGUCUGUGAUUCCAAAUCUUUUUUAAAUAUUUAUUUUAUAUUUCGUAAUUCAGUUAUCGUAAUAUAUUUGUGAUCUGUCUCA